AUGUCGACUCCCAAGAUCMCUCUCUAUMCCAGCCAUAUCUGCCCGUGGGCACAUCGCGCUCAUAUUGCGCUCAAGGAGCUUGGACUUCCUUUUGAGGAGGUGUUGAUUGACUUGUCGGUUCCCAGAGAGCCGUGGUAUUUGGAAAUCAACCCUCGCGGCCAAGUUCCCGCACUCGUCUAUGACGGCCACAUCAUCACAGAAUCAGCCAUCGUAGCCCGAUUCCUGGCCGAUGCGCACCCAUCGCAUCUGCUACCCCCUUCCUCAGGGACCGAGAAUGCGUUGUAUCGUGCACGCCUCGACUGGUUCGUGGAUGCAUUUAUCAAUAAAGUGAACCCGCACAUCUUUGGCGGUGCUCGCGCUGCCACUGAGGAAGAUCGCGACAAGUCUGCCGAAGAGCUUGUGGCGGCUGUGGCCAAGGAUCUUGAGCCUCGCUUGGUGGAGGGUAAGGGUCCGUACUAUGGUGGUAGUGAGACGUUGACUCUUGCUGAGGUACUCACCGGCUCAUUCCUUCUCCGUAUCAACAGCUUCUCCAAGCCGGAGUAUGGCAUUCUCAGCGCAAAGCUGCCUACUCUCUUGGAGUCGACGCCCAAAUUCAAGCGCUGGCUGGAAGCUACCGUGCAGCAUGAGAGUGUGAACUAUAUCUGGGAUGAGGCCAGGGUCGCCGGCCAGACUAAGAAGAGAUUUGCAGCAGCAGCAAGCAAAUAG